GGGGAAGGCAGCGGCAGCGAAGGGCCCCUCCCGCGACGCUCUACCCCGACCUUGGCAGAGUUGCGGCAGGCGGGAUUGGCAGGAGCCCGCCCCUCCUCUUCCUCCCGCGGACGGGGUUCGUUCCUCCUCUUCUGCAAAGAAAACACCCCAGCACCGGCACAGCCCAUGUCAAGUCCCCGACGUCUCCGGGCCCCGCAGUAGCAGCGGCCGCUCCGCAUUCCUGGGAUUCCAGGGCUGGGACUCCGCGCUCCAGCCCCACGCUCCACAGCGCCUCCGCCACGCACUCGCUCCGCCGCCGCCGCCGCCCCCAUUCGCUCUCUCGGGACAACAAUCCCCUCCCACCCCACCCCCGCGGGCUGCAGCGGGAGCCCACGGCUCCCUUCCCCGCCUGCCAGCUCCCCUCCCGGCCGCAGCGUCCUGCCUCCGCCUCCCCAAACUCCUUCAAACUUUCCCCGCUGCAGCGGGGACAGCAUUAGGGGGUUGGGGGGCGUUGGUUUCGUUUCCCUCCCUCUCCUCCGGGAGCCCCCCCCCAAAUCCGGCACCACCCUGAUUUCCCCUCGCCCUAGCUGAGCAGCAGUCAGCUCUUCCCAGCAGCACCGGUUCCUACUUUGCCCCCCCCCCCCCGUUGGGAUCCCUCUCCUGAUCGAGACGGAAACCUCCACUGGGAAACCCUCCUGGGGGGCUUUGAACGAAGCCUGAGCUACCCGUGUUGCCUUUACCCGAGGAAGGGGAAGCCCAUUCCCAGGGCCCCUGCCCGAGAGGAGAAGCCGCCUCUACAUGUAAACCCAGCAUGGAGUUAUGCCACGUGAUUUUUCACCCAUGGUUUCCAAACCCCUUGAAACAUCUUGUGGCCUGCGCAGAGACCCUUGGAAAGUGAGGAAAGUUCUGGAACUCCAGGAAUGUGGACUCCCGAGUGGGUGUUCUGAGGAGGAAGACUCCUGGUCCAAAAUGAAGGAAAACAGUGAGAAGAGACAAUGAGGAGUCCUUGUGGCACUCCAGAAGACAGGGAUCCCUUGGAGUUGGCCCUGGGCAUGGACAACUAUUUCCAGUCCUGGAGGAGAGUAGUAACUAGUGGAGUGGCAUUCAAGACAAACCAAAAAACGUGCUGAGGAUAUCCAAAGUGUGACAGGAAGGGACAGCCUUCCAGCCCAACAGCCAUGCCUUUCGGGCUGAAAUUGCGACGGACCAGGCGCUAUAAUGUCCUGAGCAAGAACUGCUUUGUGACACAAAUCCGUCUGCUGGACAACAAUGUGAUCGAGUGCACGCUCUCAGUGGAGAGCACAGGGCAGGAGUGUCUGGAGGCUGUGGCCCAGAGGCUGGAAUUACGUGAAACACACUACUUUGGCCUUUGGUUUCUCAGCAAGAGCCAGCAAGCACGAUGGGUAGAACUGGAAAAACCUCUGAAGAAACAGCUGGACAAAUUUGCCAAUGAGCCUUUGCUUUUCUUUGGGGUAAUGUUCUAUGUGCCCAGUGUGUCCCGACUGCAGCAGGAGGUCACAAGGUAUCAGUAUUACCUACAAGUGAAAAAAGAUGUUGUUGAUGGUCGAUUGCGUUCUUCGUUGGAUCAGGGGAUCCGGCUGGCUGGCUUAGCUGUGCAAGCGGAUUUUGGUGACUAUAAUCAGUUUGAAUCUCAUGAUUUCCUCCGAGAAUAUGUUCUGUUUCCUAUGGACUGGACUCAAGAUGAAGCAGUCCUGGAAGAUCUGACUCAAAAGGUAGCUCAGGAACAUAAAACUCAUAGUGGCGUACCAGCAGCAGAAGCUGAACUUAUGUACAUCAGUGAAGUGGAACGUCUGGAAGGAUUUGGACAGGAAAGCUUCCCUGUGAGGGACAAUCAUGGAAAUGAUAUGCAGCUUGGCAUUUUCUUCAUGGGAAUCUUCAUAAAAAAUAGAAUUGGAAGGCCAGCAGUGAUAUACAGGUGGAAUGAUAUUGGGAAUAUAGUACAUAACAAGUCUUCAAUCAUCGUGGAGUUGAUCAACAAAGAAGAAACUGUGCUCUUUCACACAGAUGAUAUUGAAAAUGCAAAAUAUAUUUCACGGCUGUUUGCUGCAAGGCAUAAGUUUUACAAACAGAAUAAAAUCUGCACAGAACAAUCAAGUUCUCCUCCCCCUAUCAGACGGCGGCCCACCUGGAGUAGGUCAUCCUUGCCAAGACAGCACCCAUUUAUACUGCCGCCUAUGCAUGUCCAGUGCGGAGAACACUACACUGAAACAAACAACUCACAAGACAGCAUUUUCCAUGGAAAUGAAGAAACAUUCUAUUGUAGGUCUCAGACCAGCUUGGACAGGUGUCCCAUGGACUUCAGCUACUUAAAUGGUAAUGGGCCAAAUGGCAGUAUGUGCAGUGCCCACAGCAUGAACUCCCUCAACCGUUCACAGAACUUUGUUCAGGCGUCUCCAAUGUCCUCCAAUCUCAGCAUCCCAGGAAGUGAUAUCAUGAGAGCAGACUACAUCCCCAGCCAUAGACAUAGUGCUAUCAUAGUGCCGUCCUACAGGCCAACGCCAGACUAUGAAACUGUCAUGAGGCAAAUGAAGAGAGGGGUUAUUCACAUGGAUAGCCAAAGUCAAUCUUUAAGGAACCUCAAUAUUGGAAACACACAUGCUUACAACCAACCAGAAGACCUGGUGUACAGCCAACCUGAGAUUCGAGAGAGACAUCCCUAUACCAUUCCUUAUGGGCCGCAUGGUGGUUAUAACAAACCUGUUGCCCCGUCUGACCAAAUGAACCCUAAUAAUGCAGUGCAGAAUAAGGCAGCAGCCAGUGCCAUAUCCCACACAGUUAGCACGCCAGAACUGGCUAACAUGCAGCUGCAGAGCAGUCAAAACUAUAGUACUGCCCAUAUGUUAAAAAACUACCUUUUCAGGCCACCACCUCCAUAUCCACGUCCGCGUCCUGCCACCAGCACACCUGACCUAGCGAGCCACCGUCAUAAAUAUGUCAGUGGCAGUAGCCCUGAUUUGGUUACUCGGAAGGUACAGCUCUCAGUGAAGACAUUCCAAGAGGACAGCUUGCCAGUGGUUCAUCAGUCACUCCAGGAGGUUAGUGAGCCCCUCAUGGCAGUCAAACAUCAAGCAGCUUUGAACAAGCGCCAUAGUUUGGAGGUCAUCAGCAAUAUGGUACGUGGUAUAGAAGCUAUGGCUUUAAAGACUUUAAAUGCCCCUCUGCCACGUAGAAACACUUUGCGAGAGCAGGUGCAGCCAGAAGAGGCAGUGCAGGUGGAACAUGCAGUUCAGCAGCUCCCUUGCUACCAUCACAAGAAGACGUUCUCGAGUGCCACGAUGCUGAUACACAGCAGUGAAAGCGAAGAGGAAGAAGAAGCUGCAGAAUCAGUGUCACAGAUAGCACCGCUCCAUGAAAAUGUGGAAUAUAGUGCUCAGUUGCAAGCUGCUUUGGCUAGAAUACCAAAUAAACCUCCUCCUGAGUAUCCCGGGCCACGGAAAAGUGUUAGCAAUGGAGCCCUGAGGCAUGACCAAGUAAACAUUUCAGUGGCUGUAGCCAGGGCCAAGGCCAUGAGGCCAGGGCCUACCAAGGCCAUUAGCGUGUCUCGAACUGAUCAAAUGACAAUGAAUGGGUCCUCACUUGGACCAUCUAUCUCAGAGCCUGACCUCACGAGUGUAAAGGAGAGGGUCAAGAAAGAACCAGUGAAGGAAAGGCCUGUGUCCGAAAUGUUUUCUAUUGAGGACAGCAUUAUAGAAAGAGAGAUGAUGAUGAGGAAUCUAGAGAAACAGAAGAUGGCAGGCCUGGAGGCCCAGAAGAGGCCCUUGAUGUUGGCAGCAUUAAAUGGACUCUCCGUUGCUAGAGUUCCAGUGCCUGAGGAUAGCCAGGAUGAAGUAGCCAAGGUGCCAAUGGAUGAGAGGUGCAAAAUCUUAAAGAGGAAAUUGGAAGAGGGGAUGGUAUUCACCGAAUAUGAGCAAAUUCCAAAGAAAAAGGCAGAUGGGAUCUUCACCACUGCAGCAUUGCCUGAAAAUGCUGAGCGCAACCGCAUCAGGGAAGUCGUUCCUUAUGAGGAGAACAGAGUAGAGCUGGUGCCAACCAAAGAAAAUAAUACAGGCUACAUCAAUGCCUCGCACAUAAAGGUUACUGUAGGUGGGGAGGAAUGGCACUAUAUAGCCACACAAGGACCUUUGCCACACACCUGCCAUGACUUCUGGCAGAUGGUGUGGGAGCAGGGGGUGAAUGUUAUAGCCAUGGUCACAGCGGAAGAGGAAGGAGGAAGAAGCAAGAGUCAUCGCUACUGGCCUAAACUUGGCUCUAAGCACAGCUCAGCCACGUAUGGGAAGUUUAAGGUGACAACUAAGUUCCGCACGGAUUCUGGAUGCUAUGCUACUACAGGGCUGAAGGUCAAGCAUCUUUUGUCUGGGCAGGAGAAGACAGUGUGGCACUUGCAAUAUACUGACUGGCCUGAUCAUGGUUGCCCAGAAGAAGUGCAAGGAUUUUUAUCCUAUUUGGAGGAGAUACAGUCAGUACGUCGCCAUACCAACAGCGUGUUGGAUGCUAGCAACAAUUGCAAUCCGCCAAUCGUGGUUCACUGCAGUGCAGGUGUGGGGAGGACGGGGGUGGUUAUCCUAACAGAACUGAUGAUUGGCUGCUUGGAACAUAACGAAAAAGUGGAUGUUCCGGUGAUGCUGAGACACCUGCGGGAGCAGAGAAUGUUUAUGAUUCAGACCAUCGCUCAGUACAAAUUUGUCUAUCGAGUGCUCAUCCAGUUCCUACAAAACUCUAGACUCAUUUAAUCUCCUUAGAGAUCCCAGAUGCAGUAUUUGUGGAUUGGACUGAACCUUAUUGGCAAGAUAGACACAUUCCUUUGACAAUGUGUCUUUUUCAUAGUGUGCAAAUAUUGCACUUGCUCAAGUUGCCUCAAAAGUAAGGAGUCCUUGUUCUUCAGGAGAGAGUGCCACAAAUUAUUUUGUACAAGGUAAUUUAUUUUUCAUGGAAUAACUUGUGAAUUUCUUGAACUUGUAAAACUUGUGGUGAAGUUUGGAUUGACAUAACUGCUCUGCAUUGCCAUGUGUCCAUAGGGAAGGUGAUCCUCUCCAGGGGUGUUCUGUUGACCUGUAUUCUGUUAUAUGGUUUAUGAAACGAACAGGUCUUCAGGGAAUGGCUUUUUUCCAGUAAAAACAUUUUAGAGCCAGUUUUGUGGCUUUUACCAUGAAAACAAGACCUGCUAAAAGUCAGUUAGGACUCUGUAAUGGGCCAACUCCAAUGAUAAAUACAGAGACGAUACAAUGCAGAGAAGCCAAAACAUGCAUCCAUAAACGAAUGAAUGGAUGGAAGCAUUACAAAGUAAGCAGUAGGGUAUUUCAGGCAGGAAUGCUGGGGGUGUGGCAGUAUUCCUUGGGUGGAAGUGGUUUCCAUCAUAUACACGGUUUACAGUUUUGUUCAAUGGUUCUGCGCACCCCCACGAUAAAAAUCGUUCCAACGCCACUGUAAUAAGGUAUACAGAGAGCUCGGAUGUUCAAAAUUUGGCAAGAAUUACCCCUGCAGCUUAGUACUUGACAAGAAGCCAUAUUACAUCUUAGUCAUGACCUUUAUUAAUACCAUCAGCCUUUGAUCCCUUCCUAGAUAAAGAGCUGUAAUGCUCUUGCUAGGGCCCUGAACCCAACCACGCUGUAGUCAAUAGGAGUCUUUCCAUCCAAGCCUUAGUGGGCUUUGGAUUGAGCAGUAGAAAAAUGUCAGCCAGUUGCAGCCCAGAAAAUCGAAGUCAAACAUUGUUCUCACAAAUGACCAACGCUUUCAUUGUUGUCACAAGGCCAAAUCCCACUCGCCUUAUUCAGGCAAGGAAUGUCAGUAAGGUCUAGACAUCUCAUCUCCAAUUGCAGAGUUUUGUUUUCUGCACGAAUCGUUGUCUCUGUCACUUAGAUGGUUUACUUUCUAGCCCCUUCGUACAGUGCCAUAGUGAUCUGUGCUCUCUGACCUAUAUCUCUGUGUUCCGUUUACUGUCCUAGCUGCUGCCAAAAUAGUGAGCUGGAGUUUUUACAGUCUGCUCCUGCCCUCAGAUUCUUUCCCAGUCAGAGUCUUGCAGUUUGACCAUAUCACGCACUAGCCCUUCUGGCACUGGCAAGCUUUACUUUCUUAGCUUUCAUUCCCCCAACCCAGCCCCUUGCAUUAAAUUGCAGAGGCCAUUUGCCCAUUUUUAUCCCAGGUCUCUUUGUAUCCUUUCUCUCCUUUUAUUUAUAUUUCAGUAGCCCCUGAAGGCCCCAGUCUACUACAUCACAUAAGGAGAGAGAAUCCCUGUCCCGAAGAGUUUACAAUCUGAAUAGACAAGACAGACAAAUAGGGAGAGAAAGGAAGUGUUAUCCCCAUUAUACAAGUGGGGAGGUGAGGUACAGCUACUUUAAGUGACUUACCCAAGGUCACACAUGAAGUCUGUGGCAGGAGAUGUGGGUUCCAUUUGUGGCUCUAAAUCCCAGGCCAGAAUCUUAACCACGAGACCAUCCCUUUCUUCUCUUUUCCCUCUACCUUCCCUUGAUACUGGCUGACUGUUCCACAUCCUUUGUGUAAGUUUCCUCCUCUAGGUCAUUAAUUUAUUUCACUGAUGCCACACGUUCACUGUGGAUCACUUUGUCCAAAAGUGAUAGCUGCUGUACUUAAUUACUUUUUUUUUUAACAGUAUAGCUUGGUAGUGCUGACUCGUAAAAAAACAAAGCCGCCAUAUCUUAGAAAACUUGGUACAAUGGGUCAAAUUCAUAUCCCGUGUAAUGUACUGAGCUCAGUGGAACUGCAUUUGCUUUCAUCAGCUCUCAGUUUUAGCCCCAUAUGACUGACAGCCCUGAUCUAGUAGUGCAGGUUCAUGAGUGCACUCCCAUGGCGACCCCCGGAAGCCAGGGGCAGGAGUCCACCUGCGUACAUCAUGCUGCAAGGCCCAAGCAGGCUUUGCUUGAAAUACCAGAAAACAUUAGAGAAUCCAGGCAUAAAUGUAAUUUCAGUCAAGGGUUUACUUCAAAUGAAUGCAAGUGACACUAUAUUACAACACUUGUAAAAGAAAUGGAUGGAAGAGCAUUUUGGGUCUGGUAUAGUCACUCGGCAGUACUUUUGAUGGGCCGAUUUUCUGUUAGUUUUGAGCAGAAAAAAGGAAGUUUAACUUUAAAAAGUCUACUCAGGCCCUUGCUAUUACCUGACUGAGCUUGUACAAUGUAUAAAUCAGGGCCAAAUUCCACACUUCUCCCAAAUGACAGAAUUUACUGCUGUCAUCUGUGUUUUAUUUGCUUUAUCCUGGCCAGCCAUGACCCAUUUUAUAGCUUCCACCUAUCUUCUCUAGAAACAAUCUAAACUGGAUGGGUACAUAGUGACUGUAGGUCGGUUUAGAGCCAUGCUCCCUAACCCCUAAUCCGGAAACACCCACUGUAGUCCAGCAAGCAGAGCCUGCAGUGUGUCAACUUUAUAGGAGAGCCAGGAUUAGGGUGAAACAUUGCACUCAAUAUGGUCACCCCCAGCUGCUGCUUUUUCAGAACUUGUCUCCCAGACUUUGGCAGCCAAAUGUAAGCUCUUCUGUUUGUUCUGAUUAAAGCUGUUUGCAAAGGCCAGGUAAUUGUUUUAAACAAAUGGUUAAAGGCUCACUCCUACAAGGCUCUGAGUGCCCUCAACUUCAGUUGGGAUUGGAGGACACUCAGACCAGAUCCUCAAAGUUUUUUUUAGAUACUUAAUUCCCAUUAGGCACCUAAAUAAAUACCUUUGAGUCUCUGGGUCUGAGGGCCUUACAGAUGUUGUCUAUACUGGUAGCUUGGCAUUUACAAUAACAUACCACGGUGCAGGUAUAAUGGUGAGAAAAGAAGAGAGAGUUUUCAGUUCAAGUCACCAAAGGAUGGUUAGGAGAAAUAAUAUAUACCUAGUUAAACUAUCUUGAUAUUAUGUUUAAGAAUCAAUUGAUUCUUCAGUCAUCUUUAGUUUUUCUCUAAUGCCUUCUGCUAGUGCCAACAUCUCUCUUGUUAAAUUAGCAGCAACCAUUUAAAGUCUUUUCAGUGGCAUCUGCCUGGUAAUCGCACAGAGAUGCUUUAUAUCUGGGAAUCAGGCCAAGGAAUAAACCUUGAAGCAAAGUGUAUUAAAUUAGUUAUCUUGUUAUAGCUUUUUGAAUAAUUUCCUAAUGAUGAAUUAAGUUUGAACUCAGCGCUGUCAAGUUCCAUUGCUCCAUUUGGAUUUGAAAGGUAGAAAAUCAGAAGGGAAAAUAAUUUGUUCCUGGGUCGUAUUAGUCAGAUAUCUUGGCUGAAAUGAAAAUGACUACUGCUACCUUGGAUCUUCUGUAAGCACAGGAAAAAAAGUUAUGAGAGCGCAUACAUAGCUGUGUUAAAAAGGAAGAAAAUUCAGCAUUGUUGUCAUUGUGUGGCUUUUUGUAGUGCAAAGGCACAUUAUAGGUUUCUUUUAAAAAAAAAUUAAUUACAAAAGGCACCAAAUGCCUUUCAACAUUAGCAAAAGGUGCCUAUUAAUGAGCCAGAGAGAUGGUAACAUAACAACCACUUUCAGUCGGCUACUAAAAUAGUAGCUGGAGACCAAGGUGACUCACUCUUUCCCUUUUAUUGAAAGCUUGGUAAUUUUAUACUUUUCCUUUUUUCUGACUUCAGUGUAUUUUUCCUGCCAGAUUUUAUCUUGAUUAGAUCAGCUAGCAUCUUAGAUGAACUGAGAUGGUGUAUGUCUCCAGAGCUUCCUCUCUAGUCCCAUUUGUAACUGUAGCUGCAUCAUGCCAGGGUUUCACAAUUGAGAGAGGUGAAUCUACUCCAUAUUGUAGAGGAAAAACUGAAUCUUCUGAUGCUGAAGAACUGCAACUUUAUCACACCCACGUUCUUUGGAACAUAUUUUCUUAACCUUAAGGGAAGGACAGGAAUAAGCAUUUUCUAUCCAAUUUCAUUUGUUACAGUAGAAAUGAAAGCAUGAGACUUAAAGAAACAGUAUCUUUUCAUUUCUCUCCCACAGUUUUAGCAUCUGGAUCUUUUAAAAGGAAAAGGAGAAUGAAAACUCUAGUUAUAUUUGUGGUUUUCAUGCUGUAUUAACAUCAAAGCACGGGCAAUGGGUAGUUUGCAAGAAACCACUUUUAAAGCAUCAACUCCCACAAAUUGAACUGCACAGCAACUUGAAGCAGUUCUGAAAACUAACUCCAAAUAGACUUCUUCCAACUCUUGCCAGUUCCUGUCUGACAUACUAGCCCAUGCUAUAUCCCUGUUGAUUACUUAUGCUCCUUCAUCUACUUCAUAAAAGGGAAUCUUGAGUAGAUCAAUAAGCCUGCAUUCAUUUUUUUUCUAGAUAAAAUGUUACUGAUUAACAGCCAUAACUUUUUUGGUUUAAUAUUAAACAUUUUGAACUGCUAAUAGUUAACAUUGACCCCAAAUUCCAUAGUGCCCAAUUCCCCAGCUCAUAGGCAGCUCAUGCUCUCAACUUCCCUCUGCAUACCUGCCACAACCCACCAUGCCAGCAGCUGGGUGCUGUCUCUUCAGGAACCCUGAACAUGAGGUGAUUUGAAGGUACCUGCUGCUGAAUUUGGGGCCAUUGUGCCAUGCAUAUAAAUGGUAGAUGGGCAUGUGACCAGGCACAAGUAGGGCAGGGUAGGGUGAGGCUCUGCAUGCAAGAAUACCUAGCUUCACAGUCUGAUACAAUGGUCUUUAGUGGGCUGGACACUGAGUUACAUCCAUUUGGUCCCUGGCGAGUUCCCUAAGCACCAAACAGGGUUUCAGAGUUGGUGGAAUAUAGUCUUGAAGCUUUCAUACUAAACCUGAUGUAACUUUGUAUUGUAGGUGUAACGAAUACAUUCAGUUCACUCACAUUAACAGUGGUCAGCUGUUGUUUGCUUUGUUCUGGAUUGAGAGGAUAGCAGGCUGUGGUUAUUCUUUCACUAAUUGCACCUGCUCACAUUACUAACACAGUUCAGAUAUUUAAACCAAUUUCAUUGAAGGACACUUUUGCCCCCUUAGCUGUGGCUUAUUUAUCUGUUGUCCCAGCUCCAAGUAUCAUUCAGUAUUUAUAGAAUUAAAAACAUAGUUUUAUUCAUUUCAUCUAAAUUGACAGGAACACAAGUUGUGAAGUGUAGAACAAGUUGGAAAUGUGUUGUUAAGUCUAGGUACUUCCACAGAGAAGAUCUUUUAAAACUAGUACCGAAAGUGUAUGUUUUGUUUUUUAAACCUUUCUUUAAUCUCAGCAGCACACAUUGACUUCUUAAAAUUCUGAUAGAUCUCUUUUCAGGAUGGCAUGGUAACUUCCCCUCUUUACUGCGAGCCAUUUUAUCAGUGGGGAUAAGAAGCAAAUUCAUGACUUACUGGCCAUAACAGCUUUAUUCAACAGUCUGCCUCUCAAAGCUUCUCAGGGGGUGGGACUAUGAUCGAAUUGACUGUUGUCAGAUCAAGAAUCUGCAACCUACAUGCCCAGGAAAGGAACAUACUAGCAUUGAUGGCAGUUGCUCAAGGGAAUUUCCUGUGCACUGAUUGGAAAAGUGAGUGAGUCUAGGGUCAAAUUCUGCGACCAAUGCUUAUGACAAAUAGCAUCAUCUUCUAUGAAUAGUCCCAGGGCAGCACCCAUUUAGAAUCAGUGGUAUUUCUUGUAAAGGAGGAUGCUAUUAAUUGGGAGUGAGGGUGGCAUAAUCUGGUGCCACUUGAGGAUUAUUUGUAAAUUUAAUUUUCAAUACUCCUUGUGAAAGUGGGCUUGAAUGAGCUUGUCAGCCUGCUAACACUGAUAUGGACUCUGUCAACAGGAUCAGGCUCAUUGGUCCAAAUUCUGAAUGAGGCAGAGCAUCUGCAGUCCCCACGGCAUCAAUGGGAGUUUCUAGGGCCUGACUUCUCCUAGAAUUUUUCAUGAGUUUAGAUAUUGACUUUAAUGAAACAAGACUGGACUGCUCAUUUGAUGGGAGAGAAUGGCUUGGCUCCUAUGUAUUCUGGAAUCAGAAGCUUGAGGCUUUAGGGUAAAUUCUUUUAGGAAGUUUUGUUUAACCUUUGUUAAAUAUUAACUGUUAUUUACCAGACAAUGUGUGUCAAAAAUACAAGUAUUUAUAUUCAUCCAAUUCUUCCAGCAAAUAAAACCGUAACAUGCUCUACCUGAAACCACUAUGAAUUCCCCAGCCUAUCCGUGCAUUUGCCAGUUGAUCAGUAUUUCAUUGUAUACAAAGGAUAGCUUUUCUGCAUCUGAUGCAUAUGCAACUCUCCUUGUGUGCUUUACAAGCACAAGAACUACAGGACUGUGCACCUUGGCAGCAAAUGGAAAUUUAGCAAUAUACCAGCAGCCCUAACUGAACAAUCCCAGGACCAUUUCAAAAUAGUGGAAAUAAAACUAACAUUUCUAAAAACAAAUCAAAUCUUUAAAAUUUGCAAUUUAUUUUAAUGUCAAUAUUCACCUAUCUAGGGCCCCAGUUCAGCAGUCCUUAUACAGGUAAGAGUCCUAAUCAGCUCAGGAGGAUUGGUGCCUGAGUGAAAUGGAGAGGAAUUGAUUACCUACUGUUGAUAUUUUUCAAAGGAAAAAAGUUUACACAUGUAUAAUUGUAUGGGACAUGUGUUACAUGACAUAACAUGUUAAAUUAGUUUUACAUCACUGGAUGUCCUAUUUUACUUCAGUAUUUCAAUGCUUGCUUUUGUAUUUGUUCUGUAACUCUGUACAUUACAGUUAAGUCCAAGACAAUGAUUUAACGAUUUCUCAGCCUCAUGGUAUGUAUACAUUUUGUAGACAAUUGAGGUCAAUUCCCCUCCGCCCCCGUUUAAUUCAAGAUGAAUGGCAUACUCAUUUUAUACUAUUGAAAGUCUUUUAAAAAAAAACUAUGCAUGCUAUUUUAUAUUUUAAUGUAUAUUAUUCAUAUCAGUACAUAAGCUUAUGCUUAUCAGUUUUAUCUUGUGUAUAAAACUGAUUACUUUUGACAGUAUUUUUGCACUGUUUCUCUUCUCUUUAUAAAAAGAACUACUCAGCAUUAGAUGACUGCAAUAACUUUUUUACAUCUUUCACUGCCUUUGUGUAAAUAGUUUCCUAUAUGCCUUUUCAGACGUGAGACUCGUGACUCACUAAGCAUCUUUUUUUGUAAAAGAUUGUCUAUCCUUUGUAUUCAUAGUAUGCAAUAAACUUUUUUCCCCC